GUUUGUUUGUUUUUUCCCAACACCCCACCCAGGCCACCAGACUACUUCCAUUUCCCUUGUUCCCUCCCCGCCCUCUGUGAAUCAGGUUUCGCACUUCGGCAUGGCUACACGGGACAGUCGCAUUGCGUGCGGCAUCCGUGGAUGCAAGGUAACCGUUUCAAGGAAAAUAGACCUCAUUCGGCAUGGAAUAACUCACACGAGAGGUCCAAAGCUGUCCUGUUGCGAUAUCCCGCAAAACUCCAACCUCAUCUGCCACCUACGGAAACAUCAUUCUGGAAAUAAAAAGUACCAGUGCACCGGUCCAGGCUGCGACUGGGGUUCAGAUACCAAGGUUGGUUUCCCCCGCCAUUAUAACCAGUAUCAUGGGGGCGUGACAGCAUCGUCGUCCGCCUUGGAGAGCACAAUUAAACCCGCAUCUUAUUUGGACACCACCAAAACUCCUGCCACCCACCCUCACCUCGAGGACACGACAUCGCUACACCCUUCAACUGCCCCCCCUCUUUUACACACGAUCUACGAUGGGGUCGUGUUGGAGAGACAGUACACUGCCGAUCCCUCGCGCUCGUGGAACCGAUACGCGGCGGGGUCUUUUGCCACUGCAUCGCCCACCGAUAUUUCCACCCUCCAGUUCAUGCCGACGUACAAUUUUGACUUGCCGUCGUCCUCAUCGAACAUACCCUACGGUCCCAACGUACAUCCAGAUGGUAUCCAGGCCCAAUCUCCACCCAUCCCCGAUGCAACAAGACAUGGCGAACACCUAAUUUGGGCUCCCUCCACGCAGAUCGGUUUCCAACAGUACGCUUCCCUGACAAUAACUUUCGUGCUGUCCGGCCUCAGGAAAGAGGAGAAAUCAUGUCGUUCACAGAUAAUUCCUUUGGUGCAGCAACCUACUCCAACGUGGCUUUCACCCCAGAUCGAGUUACAUAUCACGAUACAUUCAAUGCGCCUGACGAUACUUCCAAUGGUCAACCCUUCAGUUGGCAGUACCCAUCGGAAUAUGUAUCCCCAGUUCCGCAAGCCUUGGAUUUUGCCCCAGAUGCCAUUGGUCUUUAUGGUUCGUACCAAGCUUAUGAAACUACGGUACAGACAUAUGAGUAUGAGGGGGGCUACAGUGAUAUGUCGCGGCAAACAAUGGACAAUGGGUUGUUCGUAGGUGGUGAGCGAGUACUGCGAGAUGAAGGAAUUAAUGGCGGUGUGUACUAGAACACAUGAAAUAUGAAGGCACCAAGGAGGUCUGAGUGGCGAAGUGGGUUGCGAGUGCGAGAUACAAAGAGCCAAAGCUCAAGCUGUCGGACAAAUAUUCCAGAAUAAAAAGGUCACACCUCUGGUGACAUGUAUAUGCACAAAA